CGUCAGUCGGGAGCCGGGUUCGGUUAGCUGUCAUCUGCGUAGAAGGGAAGGGCAUGACAUGGACCGACAUUUUCCGGUGUACAGUUAUACAUGCGUAGUAGCUUGUUGAAAGCAAACAAGUAUUUUUUGGGGUGUUAUUUCUUUAUGUGACAAAGUUAGCGGUUUAUUUCGUAUUGACUACGCACUGGCUAGCUAGCAGGCUAACUAGCUCUUAACUUACUGUAACUGUUUAAAGGAGUUCAAACAGAAAGCCUCCGCAUGGCGUUAAUCCUGUUGACGAGGUCCCGGGCACCUUUAAUGAAAACAUCCAGGUCGUUAAAGAACGAAUUCAGGAAAAGUAAAGGGAAAGUACAAGAUGGUGCCUGUUUCAACUCCACAGCGCUCAGACUCUCCAGUCAAAAACUUGAUGGGCUCCGGCUGGGCAGUUUGGCCCAGGCCUCUCCCUCUGGCCCUUCCCUCCUCCUGUCAGAUGGGUAUGUGGGCUCCAGCCAGAGCCCGGACUCCCAGCGCCUCCACUGUGCUUUUAUGUUGGGGGCCUCCUCUUCAGGGUACCCCGCCAUCACAACAGGGCCCCAGUGGACGUUAGCCCGACCACAGGACAUCCGAGGUGUGAGGUGGAUACACACCUCCAGGAGGAGAUGGGAUGACUCCAAGGUGGAGAAGUCCCUGCGUAUAUUAAAGGACAAGAAAAAGACGAUGGAGGAAGGCGGGCCGGUGUACAGACCCAUGCAGGAUUCAGAGCGCGUGAGGAGGUCCGUCCGACAGUGGAUUGUUGACGAAGUCAAACACUACUACCACGGCUUCAGGCUGCUGUGGAUCGACACCACCAUCGCUGGGCGCAUGCUGUGGCAGGUGCUGAACGGACACCCGCUGUCCCGCCGAGAGAGGAGACAGUUCCUCAGAACAUGUGCCGACGUCUUCAGGCUGGUGCCCUUCCUGGUGUUCAUCAUCGUCCCCUUCAUGGAGUUCCUGCUUCCUGUAGCUCUGAAACUCUUCCCCAACAUGCUGCCGUCCACCUUCGAGACAAAGUCAAAGAAGGAGGAGAGGUUAAAAACGGAGCUGAGAGUCAAACUGGAGAUGGCCAAGUUCUUGCAGGACACCAUCGAGGAGAUCGCUCUGAGAAACAAAGCGGACCAGGGCAACGUGACGGAGGAGUUCUCCACAUUCUUCCAGAAGAUACGGAACUCCGGGGAGCGACCCAGUAAUGAGCAGAUCAUCAAAUUCUCCAAACUGUUUGAGGACGAGCUGACUCUGGACAACCUGACCCGGCCUCAGCUGGUGGCUCUCUGCCGGCUCCUGGAGCUCCAGUCCAUCGGGACCAACAACUUCCUGCGCUUCCAGCUCAUCAUGAAGCUCAGGGCCAUCCGUGCCGAUGACAAGCUGAUAGCAGAAGAAGGGGUGGAGAGUCUGAACGUGAACGAGGUGCAGACGGCCUGUCGCGUCAGAGGGAUGAGAUCUCUCGGAGUCACAGAGGAACGACUGAGAGAGCAACUCGUCCAGUGGUUGGAGCUGCAUCUGAAGCAGCAGAUCCCCACCUCCCUGCUGCUGCUGUCCCGAGCCAUGUUCCUCCCCGACACCCUGUCCCCCGCCGACCAGCUGAAGACCACCCUGCAGACGCUGCCCGAAGUGGUGACUAAGGAGGCCCAGUCGAUGAUGGCAGAGAUGGAGCGCUCCAAAGUGGACAAUAAGGCGAAGCUGGAGAGGACGCUGCAGGAGGAGGUGGCCAUACGCCAGGACAACAAUGACCGCAAGAACGAGAGGCUGGCCGACGCUGCAGAGAAGGCUGCCAGGGAGGUUGAGUUGGAGAUGGAGGCGGAGCCGGUUCAAGCUGACAAGGCGGAGACACUGAGGGACACGGCGCCGGUCAUAGAACCAGUCAAGUACGAACAGUGGCAGACAUUCCUGCGCUACCAGGGUGAGGAGAUCACCAAAGAGGAGAUCGACAUGUUGAGUGACGCAUGCUGUAAGCUGAAGGGCCAGAAGAGGCUGCUGACUCUGGAGAAAGAGGAGCUCGAAGACCUGAAGGACGACGUCCAGGAAUACAACGAGGAUCUGGAAGAGAUAAAGAAGGAGCUCUCUAAGACCGGACAAGAGAAAGCUCUGGAGGAGUCGAAGGCGAGCCAGCGUCUGUCGAAGAGGGUGAACCGAAUGAUCGGUCGCAUCGGUAAGAUCAUCGGAGAGCUGGAGAAGGACAAGGUCAUCCUGGACGGACAGAUGGAGAGUGGAACAACCCCACCUGUCGGUGUGUUCUGCUCCUUCAGGGAGAACCUCAUCAGCAUCGACGAGCUGAUCAGCGUCAUGCGACAGAUCCAGAACAUUCCUGAGCACAAGCUGCAGAGCAUCGCCGAGUCGCUCGACGACAACAAGGACGGGAAGAUCGACAUCGACGACGUCAUCAAGGUGGUGGAGCUGAUCGACAAUGAGGACAUCGACAUCUCCACCUCUCAGGUGGCGGACAUCAUGGUGAUGCUGCAGAAGGAGGAGAAGCUGAUAGAGAAGGAGAAGGCUAAAGAGAAGGCUGAGAAGGAGGCAGCCACUUCCAACAACUAACUUUUUCCAUAAAGACACAUAGCGAUGUAUAAAUAUAGAAAAAGAGACCACUGACUGGCUCCCGGUCACAGAAAACUCUUCACAGCAGAUCGAUGUGGACGACCAUUAAGAGAGGUAACCGUUGCCUUCUCAAAAUGUCGUUUCAUCGUAAAUUAAAGUCCUGAAAAUAAUCUAAAAAAUCAUAAAAGAAGGCAAAUUGCCUUUAAAAAUGCACAAAAUCUAACUUGAUAAUGUUAAACGUUUCUGUACUAAUCAUGUAAUAUAUGUUGAUUAUAUGUAACUUAUAUAUCAAUGAGUUAUUGAUAGAGGGAACACAAUGGUUAUUAUUCCAGCAUGAGAGAUGGCAAAAGAGGAAGUUUAAAGAUGAUGUUUGGAAAAAUAUAUAUUAGGGAGAAAUAUUGUUUAAAGUUUGAGUUCAUUUCUGGACCCUUCUCAGUCAUCUUCAUUACCAUCAUUUAUUUAUUUUCCUCUUUUUGAUUUAGUUUAUUCAUCAUGCUCUCAUAUUGUAACCUUUUGUUAUUUCUUUCUGAAUGGUACUUGCACAGGGUAGCUUUUUGCUUGCUUUAGUGUAGUAUGGUGGCUGCUAACAAAUAUAUAACCACACACAGAAAAUCCACAAAAAACAUUGAAUCAUGCGUGAGAUUAAAAUAAUGCUAAUUAUUCAAUCUAAUAAUAAAAAAAAUAAUCCUAGCUUUACGUUCAUCAUUCCCAGUCAAUCAUAAGUACAUGGAGGAUUCAUGUGUUGGAUGUUAAUGACUAAAGUUAGCAUCAAUAUUAAAAACUACUGUACUGGAUUUUCUUUUUGUACGUAAUAUUUUGUCUCAUUUUAGCGCAGCUCUUCAUAGUCAUUCUUGUGUAUUUUCAAUAGAUCUCUGAUAAAUGCCAAAAUUGCACGAUGGCACAUUUAAUCAUAGCUUUUUGAUUCCUAAAACCAAUAAACAAACAAAGCCGUUAAGACUGACUGAUUUCCCAGCAGUAAGGAUAAUGCGUAUCUUGACACAAAAACAGCCAAACAAUUGAAAUAUCAGUCAGUUGUGUAGAGUAGAAAAGUGUUUAUUUGUUUCGUUUUUUUCUGGUUUCUGUCUCGGAAAGUAUUUUGCAGUUGUUUGGAGGUUGUCUGCUCGGAAGGUGGAAGUAGUUUUAUCUGCAACUAGUUCAUUUUAUGCACAUGAGUAGUGUGAUAACUCGUAAUCCUGACCUCCAUAGCUUGUAUACUAAGUGGCCUUUGCUUGACAGAGAUAUUAUGGAUCACGAACGGCUGUAUAUUUUUGGAGUACUAUAAGGUAGAUAGUCUUCACAGAGAGGAUUUACUUGAUGUAAUUUGGGCUGAAAGAGGCUUUGUUGUAGUUGAAGGUGGUUAGAGGCACACACUGAGUUAUUUAGCACUGCAGCCAUGAAUGUGUGUGGAUUGUACAAAGCAAUCAUUUCAGAUAAUAAUCAAGUCAACUACUGAGCUGCCUUUUCAACUGUGUUCACACUGCAGGCAGCCUGGCCACUGCAUUUUUCACAACACAUUUAAACAAGUGCUGCAAUUAAUAUUUAUUUUGAUUUUAUUUGUUGCGCUUUGUUUAAACGUUAAUCUAUAACAUGUCAAACAAUGGACAAGAUGACGGUUUCAAAUGAUGAUUUUUAGUCUGUCCAACACCCAUAAUCGGGGUUUGGAUUCAAUUGGUAAAAAUAAAACAGGAAAAAUUAGCAAAUUCUUAUAAUUUAGAACUUGCAAACAGCCAUUGUUCACUCAUUCAAUUUUUGCCUAAUUGAUGUCUUACACAAGUACUAUAUUUUCAAAAUGGAGGUAUCUGUCAAUCAGCUCAUUGUUUAAUUGAAUACUUUCAGCACACUGAGUUGUUUGUCUAGUGGCUCGCAGUGUGAACCCACAGUAAAGGGAAGAUUUAGUGUUGGGUACUCUGUGGUGGAACAAACACUUUUUCCUCCACGGUAACCAGAGAGGAGCUCAGGUGUAAACGUCAGAAGACAAAGUGGUGCUUGAGAUAGCGCUGAGAGGACGGCGCUUCAUUUAAUCUGUUCCCGGAAUCCGCUGUCAUACGUGUGCUUGAUUUAGAGCUCGUGGUGCUCUGUCCCGGGUCAGACCCAGCGCUGCAGUCACUCUGAUGGGUGCUGAUGGGUAAACACUCGCCCCAUACAUGGGCCCCAGCCAGCUCCUCUGGAGGGUUGUGUUUAUGUUCGAGGCGAUCCUGCGGGACAUGGCAUGCUCUGCGCCGCAUAAAUCAGCCGUCGGUGUAAACACGUCGCAGGAACGCUGUGACAACGUCUCUAUUACACUUGGCAGCAGAGAGGGGUGUUUGUGGUCGGGUCGGAGGAGUGUGUGUACGGCUCAGAGGAGUGUGUGUACGUUAGCAGCACUGCCACUGUUUCUAGGCACCGAGGGGCCAAAGGACCGGGGGUAUAUGUGUGAUAGUGAUGUAUACCAGGGCAUCAAGGUCUGGAGAGGAUUUAAAUGGUAUGUGUGUUGAUGCAGAGCGCUCCAGGAAAAUUAAAUUUAUUCAUCUGUUAAUCAUUUAAUCUGUAAAAAGUGAUCUGUCAGCACCCAGGUUUUUGUCCAACCAACAGUCAACAACCUCAAUCAUUUGUAUUUACAAUCAUAUCAAUCUAAACUCAAAAGUGUUUGGCAUGUUUGGUGAGCGAAAUAAUUAACAAGUGAUCUGUUAUUUUCUGUCGAUAAACGAAUGAAACAACCAUUUCAGUUCUAAAUUAUUCGCAUCUUCAAGGUAAUUUUUUUGUGUAACAAAGCCCAAACAUUUUACAAAAUUAUAGGAUAUUCAAUAUAGAAGCAGAAAAUGAAAAUUUGCUAAUUCUUACACGUGAAAUGGUUCCUUUUGACAUUAUAUUUCGGACAUGCUAGCGGGAUAUGAUAAUAAAACAUGAAAACCUGACAAACCUAAAAAUGCAUUCAUGAAAUUCUGGAACAAACAAUUACAUUUUUUACCAUUAUAUGAAAGCAGAAUGCUACAUGACAGUCACCAUUUAAAAAAGUUAGCCUAUUUUUACAAAACUUAGAUUGUUGUUAUUUACAAAACCUCUGCAGGCGUGCAUGGUGGUUUGUGAUUGUGUGUGGAGCGGAGCAGCGUUCAAAGCUCACCGCUGGCAGCAGUGUUGCACUAUGUUUCAGAAAAGUCUUUCUAAGGGAGGAAGAGAGGAGGGAUACGGUCGGCAGCAGAGGCAUUUUGACAGCGAGCUUAAAUAAGUAGUUUUUCAUUGGAAACAAAGUCCAGUAUGCAGGAGUCUUGUUUUUUUCUCUUUUGGUGACUUUCAUUUGACAUUUUAGACUCAUUGGAAGAAGAAACAGCAGAUUUGAGCUCGCUGUCUCUGAUUGUCCUCUGCUGAGUAUUUCCAAUGUGUAAAUGCACUAUUUGAUUUUGAUACCGCAGGUGUGUGUGAACUGUUUGGACUCAGGCUGUGUGAGCUGCUUUGUUUUGCGAUCUACGAUAUAAAAACCGUCCUUAAAGAUUCCUGUAGAGUUUGAGGAGUUGUAUGCUAGAAGAACAAAUACUUAAAGCAAUAAGUCAUUGAUGCAUCAUGUACAUAACUUUGUAUUUUCCUUUCUUCCUUUUUGAGGCAGAGGUGUGUUUGAUUGUAAUAUAUGUAAUUUAGAGUCAGUAAGAAAAAAAGGCUGCUAUAACCAAAAAGUGACGUGUGGUUUUUGAUAGUCUGCUUUUUUGGGAGGUGAUGCACUAGUUGGUGAUUAUUGUAUGGAACUAUAUAUUUUUAAGAACCCACUUUUUCCAGGAAGCUACCUUUUUGUAGGAUCUUUAAAAAUAUAUGAGAUUUGUCUUUGGGUGGAAGUAGGGGGAAAAGGCAGCUGGAGACUGAAACCAGGGUCAGGAGAGUUUUUUAAAGUCAGGGAAACAUGAUGAUGAGUCAGAGUCUAACAGGAGUAACUAUCAGGUUCAUACUCUGGUCUGGAAACUAAGAAAAUAAUCAGGUGUAGAAAACUUUAAACAUUUUAAUUAAUAGCGCAUCCGCCAUCUUUUAUCACGAGUUCAGGUGUGUUCAGGCAGAAGGCUAAGCAUAUAUUCCACACUUUUCUACCAGUUUCAAAUGUAGAAAAUACAUAUAUAUUCAAGAUUUGUUUGCAUGUGUGGAAAUGGAAAGACGCAUUUUUUUAACAUUUCCAAGCGCCGAAAAUAAAAUGCUAUUUGCCUUCUGUCUGAACCGGUCUGAACACACUGUAAAUAAUUCUAGCCACUUUUAGUUUACAUGAUAUUAAUCCCAAACAAUAAUCAAAUUAAUUCUAAAAAAGAAAUAUAGGAAUCCAGUGUUGAUCUUUUAAGUUUUAAUAGUCGAACAUCAGAGAAAGAAAUCAGGUAACAUCUCAACUCAGUUUGAAAGGUGCGGUGAAAUCAUGCAGUAUAAAAGACAUAGCCUGCUGGAGGUUUAGUUUUGAGAUAAUUGUCAUGUUAUUUAUUUAUUUAAUAAAAUUUUGCAAUGUUUUUUUUUUUUCUUCAUCCAAAUGUGGACAUAUUCUUUAACAACAUGACCUGAUAUCAGAAUUUAGUUUGACUAACUUGACCCUCAAAUGACUAUCUUGACCCUCAAAUGACUAUCUUGACUCUAAAAUGUACAAAAAGCUUCAUUUAUUUUUAAACACAGAUCAAGUGUUAAUGUACAGAAACCUUUCAAAAAUGAAUCAUACAUGUUGAAUAAAUUAUGGAUGAUCCUGGA